AUGAAAUACUCUCUUGCAACUGUCAAUAAGCUUCUGGACAUCUUUGGUGACAACCAAGCCAUUGGUAGUGAUAUUGGCUGCAGCUUGUCUAAGACAGUUGCCACUAGCUCAAUACAAGACAAUGCUGUGAAUUACAAGCUUUUACUAUUGGUCAAUGCAUUCCAUGGACAUGCUCAUAACUGCAAAUGUCAGCUGCAGUAUCAUCCUAUGUACCUACGUGGCUUUGGACUCAAAGAUCUUGAGACUUGUGAGUGUAUUUUUGCAAGCUUGAAUGCCACAGCAUGCCUCAUUCACCAUGCAUCAUAUUUUCACUAUAGUCAGUUCCAUGACCUGCAUUUCAACCAAUGGGACAUGGAUAAAUAUUUUGAACUCAGCUGCUUUAUUUUCAAUAAUUACAAACAAGUGAUUGCCCUGAUUAGUGAUUUUACCAAAGAACUUGACACCUAUUGCUUAUCCUUUCUGGAGCAAGACAUGGAUUUUAAGACUUGGGUAGCCAAAGAACUUGCAUAUCUGGAUUCUAUUGCAUCUGAGCCUGCACACGACACUCUCACAGUUGAUUAUGUUGAAGCACUUGAGAAACUCAGCAGAUAUCAGUAA